AUGGAGGCCAAAAUGCCUCCAUCUGAAAAGUCAGUUCAGAGACUACACCAAGAAGCCGAAUUAAUCAUCCUUGCAGGUUUCUCCACGACCGGGUCAACCGCAUCUCCGUUAAUAUUCGAACUCCUCGCCAACCCAGACAAACUGAACAAGCUAAGAGCAGAGCUUCUCCAGGCCCUUCCCAACCCAGACAGUCCUAUGAGUCUCUCGGAGCUUGAAAAACUGCCCUAUCUCUCUGCGGUAAUCCAAGAAGGACUUCGAAUGCACCCUGGGGGCAUUCUUCGUAUGCAGCGGAUAUCGCCCGAUAAGCCUCUCCAGUAUAUUGAUCCUCGCACCGGUACCACCACGACUUUCGCACCCGGCACUUCAAUCAGCAUGGACGCUCGGUCCGUUAACAUGAAUCCCGAACUGUUUCCGAAUCCAAGCGAGUUCGUUCCGGAGAGAUGGCUUGAAAAUCCACAGCUUAGCCGCUAUCUACUUACGUUUUCCAAGGGGACGAGGAUAUGUCUUGGGUGGGUUCUUCUCUGA